AUGGCUUCGACUACAUUUCCCUUACGAGUGAAGACUUUAGUGUCGUGGCCUGGUGAACAAGAGGGAGACUUGGGAUUUAUUGAGAAUGAGAUUGUAGAGGUGUUUGCUGCCGUUGAUGAUAGUUGGUGGAAUGGUAGAUUGAGACGGAAUGGAGCUGAGGGGAUCUUCCCUAAAGAUUAUGUUGAAGUUCUUGAUGAUAAGCUUCUGAAGUCCACUUCUCAUGUUUCAUUGGUUGCUCUGAGAGCUACUACUCCUGAUGGUCUGAGAAGAAACAGUAAGUCUGGAACACCUAUAAUCAACAAAUACACUCCUUCAGCUAAGGAGAUGGCUGAUUAUGAUUAUUCCAAUCAAAGUAUCCUAUCGAUAAACCAAGAGUUGAAGUCUGGUGGUGGCUCAACUGCUGCUACUAUUUCCAACCCUGUUCUGAUGAAAAAGAAGUUAUCAUCAUCUCAAAAGGUUAUGAUGUACGAGGAUAUGCAACAACAAUUGGGGAGAGAACGAGAAUUGGAAUUGAAGCUUCAAUUACAAGAACAGCAGAUCCAUAUGCUUCUUCAAAAUGCCCUGCAUUUGUCAUCCAAACCAGCAUUGACUCCAAUUGAACAACAGCAUCAGCACCAACAGCAUAAGCAACUGUCUAUGAGAGGAAAGUUAUUGCAUCAUGAUGAAACUCCUGACGAGUCACCUUCACUGAAGUCUCAUCAGUACAAUUCCUCAUUAGGGUUUGGUGGGUCUCCUCUUCAUAAUAAUAUUUCCAAUUCACCAAAUAAGGCUGCAUUAAAAGCGUACCCAGCUUCCGCAGUGCAAACUCCUCCCGCCAAGUCUUCUUACCAUACACUUACUAGUGAAUACGACUCAAUGACUUUAGAAGAGUUGAGCUUGAAGAGAAAGCAAUUGGAGAUGGAGCUUGAGAAAUUGAAGUUAGUUGAAAUGACCCAAAAGAGAAGGUCUCAGUACCUCGUCAAAGAAGACAGUUCUACUGAAUCUUACAUGAGUGAAGACCUUGUCUCAUCCAAAAAGAACCAGAGCUCUGCUGAAGACCUGUUAAGUCAGAAAACCCAACUAGAAGCCAAACAGGAAAAGUAUGACGAUGAAGCUGAUGCUGAUGAUGAAGAAGAAGACCUUUCAUCUUCAUCUUCUCCUCCUCCACCACCACCUCCAAAGCAUUUAUCACCAUCCCAUAAUAAUAAUAGAAUCAGUAUGAUAGGAUUAUCAUCUGAGGUUAAAAAAGUUAGAAUCCCUUACGAUGCAGAUGACUUUGCGUUUUCAGGAUCAAGAAAUAAAGUUGAAGAUGAAAAGUCUCUGUCUUCUUCAAAAGCUCAACAAGAACAUUUAAGAACUUCUGUUAAAUCACUUCAAAGUGACGUUUUGAACCUUUCAGAGUUAAGUGCCACUAGUGCUGGAUCCUAUUUAAGACAUAAAAGUGGAGCAGAGUCUUUACUGAGGCAAAUGGCACCUCUGACUUUAUUACUGCAUAAUGCCACCAAAACUUCUGAUGAAGAAUUGAUGGAGUUGGCACAAGAUAGAAAAACCUCCAAACAACCAAAUAUUUUCCGGAAAUUGUUAUCCAAAAAGAAAGAAGAUCCUUCAGUAUCUGAUGCCCAAGCCUCUGAAGGGUUGGAAUGGAAUGAACUUAAAGCAGACUUAAAUAGAAUGAGUUCAUUGACUACUCAAGACAGACAAAAUCGGACCAAAAGAGUAGUAAGAAACGAUGGAGGAAUGAUAGUCAAACCAUUGGAAUUUAUUUCUGAGAUUAACACCAAUGAAAUUGUUGGAAACUCACAAGCUGUUUUCUCCAUGAACAAUAUCUCCUAUAACAAGGUUUCAUCCUUUGUCAAGACUUAUAGUGUUGAUACAGACUUGAAUGAUUUAAUAUCCGAUGUCAGCAUCAAGUUUAGAACGUCCAAAUUGAAUCAAAUCUUUGCUGUUCUUCUUCAUUUGUGUAAGUACACAAUUAUUGAAGAGCCUAAUAAAAUUCUGCAACAAAAACCCAAAUUAAAAGAGAUUGCAGAAUCAGGUGAAGCAACCAUUUAUCAAUUGAAUUAUUUAUUCAAAAAGAUUUUGGAUGCUUUAAGAAUUGAUUCCAAGCUUGUCCUUGGAUUCUGGAAAAAACCUAAUGAGUAUUAUCAUGAUGAGCAAUACGUUAUUAAUCAUUGUUGGUUAAGCUUAUUGGUUGAAGAUCAGUAUCGGUUCAUUGAUCUUCUUUUAUUUAGAAAGGGGUCUAUUUGCCAUAUUUCUGGCUUUAAUGAGUUUUACUUUUUAGCUGAGCCACUUCAAUUGGUGUCAACACAUAUUCCAUCAGUUGUUGAAUUACAACACGUUGUUCCACCUAUCGAUCAAAAUGUUGCUUUUUACUUGCCACGAGUUUAUUCUGGGUAUUUCAAGAAUGAAUUAAAAUUCAUUAAUUUCAAUAAUGCCUUAACCAAACUUAAAGACAUGGAGAUAUUUGAAUUGGAGAUGGAAAUCUCUCCUGAGAUUGAAAUAUUCACAUUAAUUAAAACUGCCAGUUUGACAACCAAUGAUUAUAGCUUAAGUCAAGUUCAUUGGCCCAAGGGAGACAAGAGAGUUGCUAAAAUCAAGGCCUUACUUCCAGAGGGAGAUUCUAUUGGGGUAUUACAAAUAUUUGCUGGACCUAAAGGUAAGCAGAAACAUUUAGAGAAUGUUCAUGAGUUGGCAGUGGUCAUUCCAUUGCAACAUGAUGGAGAAUUGAAGCCAUGUAAAUUUGUACCCCGGUUCCCCACGGCUCAAAGCCAAGAUAAUGAUUUAUACAUUAAACAACCACAAGUGUCCAAGUUGAUUGCCAAAAAUUCCUACAACUUUAAGAUUUUACAACAUCCCUCCAAAGGUAUGGAUGAAGCCACACAGCCUAAUCCUGAUUUCAAAUUGGUAAUCCAAUCACCCAGUGGGAAAUACUUUAAGCUUACAAAAGAUGAUCCUUCAUUAGCGUUUGGAACUUAUAGUACCAACAUCAAGAAUCUUGAACCGGUGGCAAUAGCUGCGUCACACCAACAGUUAUAUACAUAA